CCACCGGGCUCUGUUUCAAUAAAAAUAAAAAAACUCCCUCUCCUAUUAACCUCCUGAAUAAAACUGGAGGGAGACAAAAAAAAAAUACAUAAAAGGAAAAAAAAUCGGAAAAGGGGAAAAAUAUAUACAUAUAAAAAAAAAUUGAAAAAUGGCGGUAGGAAAAAUUGUGAUAUCUGUGGCAUCAAUCCUUCUAGUGGUGGGUGUUGCCAUAGGAGUUGUCACCUUUGUUAAUAGAGGCGACGGUGGCGAGAAGAAUGCUCCUCUGAAUUCGCAUCAGAAAGCGGUUCAGACAAUUUGUCAGACAACCACAGACAAAGGCUCAUGCGCAAAAACACUCGAGCCUGUCAAAAGCGACGACCCAAGCAAGCUUAUCAAAGCCUUCAUGCUUGCUACAAAAGACGCCAUCACAAAAUCCUCAAACUUCACAGCUUCCACCGAAGGAGGUAUGGGGAAAAACAUAAACGCGACUAGCAAAGCCGUUCUUGAUUACUGCAAGAGAGUGUUGACCUACGCUCUUGAGGAUCUUGAGACCAUUGUUGAAGAAAUGGGUGAAGAUCUUCAGCAGAGCGGAACUAAGCUUGACCAGCUUAAACAAUGGUUAACCGGAGUUUUCAAUUACCAAACCGAUUGUCUUGACGACAUUGAGGAAGUGGAGCUAAGGAAAAUCAUGGGAGAAGGAAUCUCUAACUCCAAGGUUUUGACUAGCAACGCUAUCGAUAUCUUCCAUUCAGUUGUCACGGCUAUGUCCCAAAUGGGUGUCAAGCUAGACGACAUGAAGAACGUGACCAUCGGAGGAGUAGGAGCUCCCGCACGUCGCCUUCUUGAAGACACCGACGCCAAGGGACUACCCAAAUGGUUCCCUAGUAAAGACAGGAAGCUUAUGGCUCAGGCCGGACGCGGUGGCGCUCCAGGUGGUGGCGCUGCAGCUGGUGAUGAUGGUAUCGGUGAAGGCGGCGGUGGCGGCGGUAAGAUCAAAGCGACUCAUGUGGUGGCUAAGGAUGGAAGUGGACAGUUUAAGACGGUUUCCGAGGCGGUUAACGCUUGCCCUGAGAAAAACCCUGGACGUUGCAUUAUCCAUAUCAAGGCUGGUAUCUACAACGAACAAGUCACUAUCCCUAAGAAGAAGAACAACAUUUUCAUGUUUGGUGAUGGUGCUACCAAAACCAUCAUUACCUUUAACAGAAGUGUUAAACUUAGCCCUGGAACCACUACUUCACUUAGUGGCACCGUUCAGGUUGAAUCUGAGGGAUUCAUGGCGAAAUGGAUCGGGUUUAAGAACACUGCUGGUCCAUUGGGACACCAAGCGGUCGCACUCCGUGUGAACGGAGACCGUGCGGUCAUAUUCAACUGUAGAUUUGACGCUUACCAAGACACACUCUACGUCAACAACGGACGUCAGUUCUACAGGAACAUUGUUGUGUCCGGUACAGUGGAUUUCAUCUUUGGAAAGUCAGCGACAGUGAUCCAAAACUCUCUGAUCCUCAUCAGAAAGGGAACUCCAGGACAAUCCAACUACGUUACAGCCGACGGUAACGAGAAGGGUACAGCGGUCAAGAUCGGUAUCGUUCUCCAUAACUGCCGUAUUUUACGGGACAAGGAGCUCGAAGCUGACAAGGCAACCAUCAAAUCGUACCUAGGAAGGCCGUGGAAGCAAUAUGCCACCACCGUGGUUAUUGGAACUGAGAUUAGUGAUGUGAUUCAACCAGAAGGAUGGACCGAGUGGAAAGGAGAGCAGUUCCACAAGACAGCUAGAUACAUUGAGUUCAAUAACCGUGGACCAGGAGCUAACACUGCUACAAGGGCUCCUUUUGCUAAGGUGGCUAAGUCUGCAGCUGAGGUUGAAGGUUUCACCGUCGCUAACUGGGUCGGUCCGGCUAAUUGGAUUCAAGAAGCCAACGUGCCUGUCCAGCUUGGAUUGUAAGAAAACCAAAAAAAUUAACGAAUAAAACAGUAUGUGAUUAUAUGUAAAAAAAAAAA